GUAAAUGUAAAUGUAAUUUGUCAAUUUUCAGUGUGAUGGAGAAGCAACGUAGAAUUCUAGGUGAUUUUGAGCGCAUUUUCUUAAAUGUUCUUAACCCUCGGGAUUUGGUUUGGGGUGGGGCGCCAGAGUGAGAGAGAACGUCCUCCAGCUGUGUGCAAGGACACGCUGCUUGAAUGUUAAAACUACUUUGCUGCUGUUUCAAGCAUCUUGCGUGACAGGGGAACAGGGUCAACAGUCGAUUUGAUGUUUCGACUUUGGAAUUAGCGCGUGGUUUGCGUUUAUACACUGAAUUAAGUUUUGAAACGUCGGCGUGGCACGAAUUUGAAGAAGUUGCCAAAAGUUUUCAAAAACUGAAAACUCCAGUCGGAUCGACAGCGGAGUAGAUAAUAUGAUCCUUCAAUGAGACCAGCUCCCUCCAAUAAGAUGAUGGAGUCUUACGUCCGUGGAGGAUGGUGGCGAUGGAAGUUCCGUAACGUCCUGCCAGUUGCCCUGCUAUGGAUGUCCCUGCAAAGACAAGUGUUGGGCUGUAGUAACUCCAACUGCGUUGUGGUGCUCACGGACUCCCAGGGUACCUUUACCUCCCCCUGCUACCCCCAAGUGUACCCCAAAAGUCAGGCCUGCAAGUGGACUCUGCAGGCCCCGGCUGGAUUCAUUGUGCAAAUAACCUUCUUCAACUUUGAUCUCGAGGAGGCCGUGGGGUGCAUCUAUGACCGCGUCAUUGUCAACACCGGAAACCAAGAUGUGAAAUUUUGUGGCUUAACAGCCAACGGACUGACGCUAAACUCCACCAGCAAUGUGAUGGAGAUGUCAUUUAACUCAGACUCUAGCGUCCAAAAGAACGGAUUCAAUGUCAGUUACAGGCAAGUUGCCGUGCCGCUGAGGGACCAGAAGGUCAUGUUGCCGAACGGCAAUGGCAAGGUGGUCAAGGUCUCCAAUUCAGUGACCAUACCGACCCUUCAGCAGUUCACCGUGUGCUUUGAGGUAGCCCGCUCCAACCAAAAGAACAAGGAAACCAUCUUCUCUUACACCCGGGUAGAGGACAGCAGUGGUGAUGAAGCCCUAAGUUUCGGAAUGAACCAGGAUGGAAUGGCACUGGUCAUGAGUAACGAGACAUGUCUGGUAGACUCUAUCCUCAAUCCCUCGGACUUCACCUCCACCAUGAAGCCAUUCUGUCUCACAUGGGCCUCCACCACAGGCAAGGUGACCCUUUACUACAACAGAAACUCCCUGACCAAGACCUGCUCUAACACAAAUGGGCGCUUGGUGGGGGCCGGGGGCCUCUUCAGGCUGGGGGGCAAGAAUAGCUUCGAUGGGACCAUCUAUAACUUCCGCCUGUGGGAUAAUGCCAUGAGCAUGACACAGUUGGCCAACCUUACCUGUGACGCCGUCGGUAACGUCAUUGACUGGGACAACAGCUUCUGGGACAUCCCCUCUUUGCUGGCACAGACGGACAGAACACUGAGCUGCAUCUGUUUCCCACAUUGCAUACACUUAACAACAGCUGUUCCAUCUAGUGGUACCUCUGUACCCACCAGCUGUUCCUCUCCUGGACUGGACUGCCCAGCAACAUUAACUCCUACCAGCUCAUCCAUUAUCACCACUAACAUGAUUUCUACUAAUUCAACAACCCACGAGGGUCUUUUCUACAGGAUCUCCUUUCUUCUCAAUGACAAGGAGGCCGAAGUAAGAGAGUCUGAUGUUGAGAAAACUGUUGCACAAUGGCUCAAUCAAACGUUCCAAAACUGGACACACAUGGUCUAUGUCGCUAAUGUCAGUGUCCAGCCUAGCAGUGACUUACAGCUGGAGAGUAAAAGAUACACCUGCCAGGCCCUGCUGGUCUACAAGACCACCACCAACGUGACCCUGGUAGAAGCUGCCAUCUUCACCAGGUUGGGCAGAAGCGGCGCCGUGCAAGCUGUCGAGAACUGCACGAGGGAAACUCCCCUCCAUUACAUCUGGCCAGAGAGCAGACCGACGGUCACUCAGUACAUCCCCUGUUUCCCCAACAAAGACCAGACCGCAUCCAGAACAUGUGUGAUCAGCCCCCUGAAUUACACAGCGUUUUGGGGCGCCCCAGACCUCAGGAAUUGCAUUGAUAUCGGUAGCAUCAAAGUGUCAGCAGAGAAUGCUGCCGAAGUCGCCGUCCAGCUUGAUGACAUCACCAACAACGAGCUCUCCACAGACGAGGUGUUCAAGGUGGCGAGAAAGGUUAAUGAGCUGGUGAAAGUGGCCAAGAUCAACACCCCUCUGGCCAAAACCGUAGUUAGCAUCCUCUCUAACGUGAUGACCAGCUCUGUGUCAGCCCUGACUGCAGCCUCGGAGUGCACAUUGAAGACGGUGGAUGAGCUGGUUCAGAAGAUAGAGUUUGAUGGGCCUACAGAAAACAUAACCUCGAAAAAUCUGGCUCUGGGAAUUUCAGCCCUCAACUACAGCAAGUUCAAUGGGACCUCCUUCAGUGCCUUCAUACACCCCAACACCACAGACCUCCAGGUUGCCUUUAAGUCGGAUCAGCUGAACCCCCUGGCUCAGGUCACACUGCCAGCUACACUGCUCAACAACCUGACCCUGACCAAUGCUGAGAUUGCUGCUGUCUCCAGGAUCAACUUCAUGUUCUUCCGGAAAACAGGACUAUUCCAGGAUGAACAGGACGGGCUAUCUCUUAACAGCUAUGUUGUGGCCAGCAGUGUGGGCAAUUACUCCAUCAGUAACCUGCAGGAUCCAGUAGAGAUCGAGAUAGUACACCUGAACUACCAGACAAAACCAGAGCCAACCUGCAUGUUCUGGGAUUUCACCAUGAAGAAUGGUACAGGUGGCUGGAACAGUAAAGGCUGCAGGGUUAGUCCCAUGUCCAAUAGAAACAAGACUAUCUGCCUCUGUGAUCAUCUCACACACUUUGGCAUCCUAAUGGAUAUCUCUGGAUCCGCUGUACAGAUUGAUGAGAAAAACACCAAGAUUCUCACUUUCAUCACCUACAUCGGAUGUGGCAUAUCGGCCAUCUUUUCUGCUGCAACGCUUCUGACUUAUAUUGCCUUUGAGAAGUUACGUCGUGACUACCCCUCUAAGAUCCUGAUGAACCUGAGCACGUCGCUGCUGUUCCUCAACAUGGUGUUCCUAUUGGAUGGCUGGCUGGCUUCCUUCGAUGUGGAGGGCCUGUGUGUAGCCGUGGCCGUCUUCCUCCACUUCUUCCUGCUCACAUCCUUCACCUGGAUGGGCCUCGAGUCCAUCCACAUGUACAUCGCCCUGGUCAAAGUCUUCAACACCUACAUCCGGAGGUACAUCCUCAAGUUCUGCAUCGUCGGCUGGGGUCUGCCUGCUGCGAUAGUGGCCAUAGUGGUAGCUUUUGACAAAAACUCCUAUGGGAAAAUACAGUAUGGAAAGGGGGAGACUGGACAAGGAUCUUCUGAAUUCUGUUGGAUCCGGAGCCAGGUGGUGUUCUAUGUGACAUGUGUGGGCUACUUCUCUGUCCUCUUCCUCCUGAACGUGGCCAUGUUCAUCGUGGUUAUGAUCCAGAUCUGCGGUCGUAACGGGAAGCGUAGCAACCACACGCUGCGUGAGGAGAUGCUGAGGAACCUGAGGAGCGUCAUCAGUCUCACCUUCCUCCUGGGCAUGACCUGGGGUUUUGCCUUCUUCGCCUGGGGACCCGUCAACCUGGCCUUCAUGUACCUCUUCUCCAUCUUCAACUCACUGCAGGGUUUUUUCAUCUUCAUAUUCCACUGUGCACUGAAGGAGAAUGUCCAGAAACAGUGGAGGAGAUACUUGUGUUUUGGCAGAUUCCGCCUGUCAGACAACUCAGACUGGAGCAAGACAGCCACUAACAACACCAAAAAGGCCAGCUCAGACACCGUGAGGAAGUCCCUGUCCUCCAGCUCUUUUGGCUCCAGUACAGCAAACUGGACUUCCAAGGCCAAAGCAACUCUAAACCCCUUUGCAAAGCGCAGCAGGAAUGCAGGUAAAGGUUUCUCCAACCAGACCAAUGCUAAAACUGUCUCCUCAGAGGGUGAGGCCUCCUCCUCCAUCAUCCCCGUGCACCAGGUCAUUGACAAGGUCAAAGGUUACUGCUCGGUGCGCUCCGACAACUUCUACAAGAACAUUAUCAUGUCGGACAGCUUCAGCCACAGCACCAAGUUCUAGCCCACCCAGCACUUCUCUUCCUCCUCCUGUUGCUGCUAGCCCCUAACCCUUGGUGAUCUCCCCAGUCCACAAUGUCACCCCAGGGUUAUAGCCUCCAGAGCAGCAGGACGGUAGCUAGUAGUAUGAAUAUGUGUAUACUGUAUAAUAUUUGACUCAAUCAGCUGGUCCAGUCAGUACUGAAAAGAGAAAUGGGGAAAUGUAUAGUUCUAUAGAAAAGAAACGGGAGAAGCAGAGAAUGGAGUUUGCAAUGUACAUACUGUGAUGCUAAUCUUCAACUGGCUAUGUGAUGUGUAAAUAUUGAUGGUAUAUCUAAUAUGCCCCCGUAUAGUUGCUUCUCAGUUGGUGUUGCACAUGCCUAGGGUUCUCAGCAGGGUCACCUUUCCUGUACAGAAAUAUCCUCCAUUUUAGCUGUUCUGUUCUCAUUAUGCAGUCUGUAGAACUCCAGUAUGGGCAGCAAUGAAGGAAAAACAUCAAAUCUGGACUAAAUGUUCAGGCAUAGCCCUAUAUUUCAAACCCAAAGACUAACAUGAUGGAGUUGUUAAAAGCUGUAGCAUUGUCAAUGUGUGUUGAAAAUGGAACAGGUUUAGCUGUAGUUCUAAUUUGUAGUCGUCUAUUUGUGAAUCUUGUGUGUGCUUUUUUGCUGGAAAGCAAUAUUAUGCUCCUUUACAGUGCCUUACAUGAGGAUGUUUUGCAUAAAGUGCUUACUUUAUCUUGGUCAGCCUAUCAACAUCAUCAUCAACACUAUGAUGAAAUUAUUUGUCAUGUAUAUAUUUUAAACAUUAAGCUUCAGAUGCUCUACUACUGAAUAACAAAUACAGAAAGGAAUGUAUAGAAUUGGUCCAUUAAUUUCUUCUUCAUUUUGGUAACUUUGAUUUAGGACAAUCUCUGUGGGUGGUCUGUGUGUCAAGUGUAAUUUCUCUGACUGUUCUACGGAUAGAGGUUACCAAACCCCAGCCAUUAAACCUGGAUAUGGUAAGGUAGGCCUAGAUUCAAUCCGUAUCGCGGAAGAUCUGUGCUGUAGCUCGAAUGAAAUUUCAAGGCAAUGUUACGGCAUUCACGGAGACGGCGUUCAUGGUAAACACAGCAUAUGUUGGCACAAUCGGAAAUGUCCUUUAUAUUUUACUUGCUCUAUACCGUUUAUCUUCUGCAAUACGGAUUGGAUCCAGCUCAUAGUUUCAUAAACAUUCCACAUUGAAUAAUUUCACAAUAGAGCAACUCACAGCACAACGUAUAGUACAGUACUGAUUGAAAAGGGACUACAAACACUGACAUUAUUUGUUCAUCCAAGUUAAUGCCAACAUUUGUAAGCAGCUAAAUGUUAAUCUUCUCCUCAUUGUUGCUUUACUUCACUUCAUCUUCUUUUCCCACCAAUAGGGAACUGAAUAUAUUGCAUUGUGUUAAAUGUUACUGUGUGAGCUAUUGUUUUGUGUUUGUGAAGCGAUGGAACAAUCUUGUUGUUUUACUGUAUCUUUAUAUUUAUUUCUAUGGAGAUUUUUACAUUUGUUGUUUAUCUUGAAUCCCCAAUGCCAGUGGAUCAGGACUAUGCCCUCGGAUAGAUAGAUCGAUUUGGAGAGAUGCAGCUUGGCGGCAAAACAAAGCAUUGAUCUUGACCUGGGCAGACAAACAGGGACAGUUAUAUUUUGGAAGCAGUCAGAGCUCUCAAUUGUUAUUUUCCAGCAUCAAGAAAAUAAUUGAAACAUCGCUAACAAAUUCCCUCGGGCUGAAUUUGUUAUGAUAGAAACAUUGCUUGGAAAAGUUAUCUCGUGUUGAGCAUAUUUGGGGUCUUCAAUUCAAGAAUGUGUGGGGAGGGAGUAUAAAGUGGUUUGAACUAAUGCGAUGGAGUUCUCAGCUUUACUAUGAAUUAGAUCAUGACUGCGCUGCCAUCAUCUUUAUAGAUAUUUGCAUAAAAUAUUCCAAAUGAUCCUCUAGGUUAUAUCUUAUCUAGUUCUAUCAAUGCAGAGGGAAUCCAGACAUGAUUUGUUUCUGAUUCAUUUGUACAUGUCUUUAUUAGUUUAAUCGGGAUACAGAAAUAGAAAAUCACUAUGGCUACAUCCAAACCAGCAGUGUACCGUAGAUGAUCGGGCUGUAUUCCAAAACAUUUUCCAGACCCUGUUUGUUUUUCUUUCCACAACUCCUGACAAUAAUAUAUUUUCAUGAAUCUGUCUCAACAUCAUUGACGAAUUGUGUCUCUCCAAUAAAGGGAAUGAAAAGUAGCUAAUUCUAUUAAUCAUAACCCUAA